AUGAUGUCUUAUCUUAAGCAACCGCCUUACGCAGUCAAUGGACUGAGUCUGACCACCUCGGGCAUGGACUUGCUGCACCCCUCGGUGGGCUAUCCGGCCACCCCUCGGAAACAGCGGCGGGAGAGGACGACGUUCACUCGGGCGCAGCUAGACGUGCUGGAAGCACUAUUUGCUAAGACCCGAUACCCAGACAUCUUCAUGCGGGAGGAGGUGGCGCUGAAAAUCAACUUGCCCGAGUCCAGGGUACAGGUAUGGUUUAAGAAUCGAAGAGCGAAGUGCCGCCAACAGCAGCAGCAACAGCAGAAUGGAGGUCAAAACAAAGUGAGACCUGCCAAAAAGAAGACGUCUCCUGCUCGGGAAGUGAGUUCAGAGAGUGGAACAAGUGGCCAAUUCACUCCCCCCUCUAGCACCUCAGUCCCAGCCAUUUCCAGCAGCAGUGCUCCUGUGUCUAUCUGGAGCCCAGCUUCCAUCUCCCCACUCUCAGAUCCCUUGUCCACCUCCUCUUCCUGCAUGCAGAGGUCCUAUCCCAUGACCUAUACUCAGGCUUCAGGUUAUAGUCAAGGAUAUGCUGGCUCAACUUCCUACUUUGGGGGCAUGGACUGUGGAUCUUAUUUGACCCCUAUGCAUCACCAGCUUCCUGGACCAGGGACCACACUCAGUCCCAUGGGUACCAAUGCAGUCACCAGCCAUCUCAAUCAGUCCCCAGCUUCUCUUUCCACCCAGGGAUAUGGAGCUUCAAGCUUGGGUUUUAACUCAACCACUGAUUGCUUGGAUUAUAAGGACCAAACUGCCUCCUGGAAGCUUAACUUCAAUGCUGACUGCUUGGAUUAUAAAGAUCAGACAUCUUCAUGGAAAUUCCAGGUUUUGUGAAGACCUGCAGAACCUCUUUUUGUGGGUGAAUUUUAAAUAUACUGGGCUGGACAUUCCAGUUUUAGCCAGGCAUUGGUUAAAAGAGCUAGACGGUAUGAUACUCAGACUCAUCUUCUGAUCAAUGUCCCGGGAAGCAUAGAAGGAAAAAUGAAAGGCCUUAGAGGGGCCUACCAACCAGCUACCUGAAAUGGACAAACCAAGCUACUUAAGAUCCUAUCAUAGUUUUAGAUCAUUGGUUUUCCUGAUUCACAAAGUGAUCGAAAGCAUUCUAGCCAUGUGCAACCAAAUACCACCAAAAGUAAACAAACAAAACUAAAUUGUGAGGGAAAGGAGAGAAGGACAUAGCCUUCUUAAGCAGUGGUGUUCCAAUGUCUUAGCCAAUCCUUGGUUGAAUCUUAGGAAUGGACAGUGUCUCAAGCUCACUCACGUUUCAUGACCAACUGGUAGUUGGCACUGAAAAACUUUUCAGGGCUGUGUGAAUUGUGCGACUGAUUGUCCUAGAUGCACUACUUUAUUUAAAAAAUAAUGUUCAUAAGGAGUCAAUAUGUAGUUUAAGAGACAAUCAGUGUGUGUCUUAUAUAAAUGGUACAUCUGUGGUUUUUAAUCUGUGCUAGACUUCAAAACUGUGAUCUCCUGUUAUUGUAUGCAACCUUGAACUCCACCUCUGCAGGGGUUCUUCUGUGAUUAAAUAGGUUAUAAUUAUAAGUAAAUUCAGAGCAACUGAGUACUUCUCUAAAAAGAUUACCUUUGGCUGGA